AAAAUAUCUUAAAAAUGAUAUAUGUCUCUUCUUUAUGAUUUGUAAAUGUGACAACUUUUACAUCACACCAAGUAUCGUUCCUUCUAAUUUUGUUGUUGUUGUUGUUGUUGUUGUUGUUUUUGAUGGCACUUAUAAAUAAUGUCAAUUUGUUUAAAGCAUAUAAAAUUCUGUGAGAUACAUUGUUUUAAACAUAGAUCACCAACAAUAGUUACACAUAAAUUCACUUUUAAAAAGACUUUACAUAAGUCAUCUUGUGGAUUAAAAUAUAUUGACAAGCGUACACCAUCAUCAUCAUCAUCUUCAACAGGUGGUUGUCGUUUCGUAAGAAGUUUUGGGGAAUUUCCUAAGAAAAAGCAUGAUGGAUUAUCAUCCACAGACACAGAAACCAUGUCAUCUAACAGAAAAGGUAAUGGCCGAUUAACUUUAUUAACUGGAUCGAAAAAUCGGCUUACAAUUGGUCGCCAUCAUAGUGUACAGUACAAUAAAGAAAAUGAACAGUCUACUAAAAAUGACCAAAAUUGUUUGGAUCCAAAUAAAGUUGGCAAAGAGAAUUUGAAUGUUGGUUUACGACGCAAUACUGUCGGUACUACUACUAGUGCUUUUAAAUCGAUUAGAACACGUGGUUUGAUGGAGUUGAGAAAGUCUAACAAAAAUAAUAAUGUUGAGCAAACGAAGAAACUAAAGUCAGAAAAAUCCAAGUCUAUAGAUGAUUCAGCAGUAGGAUUGAUACAUUUUCGAAAGCUUACUCUAGAUGAUAAUAAUGUACAUAAGAUAACAGAUUGGAAUCAAAUUCAGAUUAAAAGUGAAGAAUGUGUUUUCCAAUGUCAAUCAUAUGAUCAAAUAGUUGAUGAUCACUUUACAGGAAUAAGUACUAGUCAGGAAAGUGAUUUGUAUAUAUGCAAAAAGGAUAGAAGAUUGAUAAAAUGGUCUGUUUUAGAAAGUACCAAAAUGAUGACAGCGUUGUUCUUUGAUGAAUUACCAAUAAUUUUUGAGAAAGAGAUUAACAAUGGAAUAGCAGGAAAUGAAAUUCUUUCUGAAUGCUAUCGUGAUAAUAAUAACAAUAGUUCCAACGAGAAAGUAAAACCAUACUAUAGUCAUCGCUCAGUGAUUUCACUGCCACGAUCUGCAGCCGAUGAACAACAUUUGGGGGAAUUUUACUUAAACCAUGAACGCAUUUUUCGUUACUUAUUCAUCCAAGAUUUGAAAGCGGCUUCGUAUUAUCAGGCGAAUUUCUUGGAACGACAUGGUCUGACAGAAACUGUAAGAGCAACUCUUUGCGAUUGGAUGAUAAGAGUACAACAGUAUUUGAAAUUGCGCACAGAAUCAUUGCAUCUAGCUGUCAGUUUAGUUGAUCAGUAUACCUGGAGACAAAUUACUUUAUAUCCGUCAGAAUACCAGCUACUUGGUGUUACAGCAAUAUUUAUUGCUGUUAAAUUCGUUGAACGCUUCCCUCCAGCAACUAAAAUUUUGUGUUAUUUAACCGAGGAUUCGUAUAAUUCUAAACAGGUGCUAGAUUUUGAAUUUAAAAUGUUAGAAGCAUUGGAUUUUGAUAUCAAUAUACCCUUACCGCAUCACUUUUUAGAUCGUGCAUUUACAGCUUGUAAUGAUCUAACUCUAACUGGCAAGACAAAGAUAGAAUUAGUUUGUCGUUAUCUUUUCGAAUUGAACUUAACUGAACUAUCAACUGCAGGUACUUCAGCCAGUGUAAAAUGCGCAGCUGGCGUCUACUUGGCACGUGAACUUAUACGAUUAGAGUAUGAAAAUGGAAACAGUGAAACAGAUGAUAUUCAGAUUGAAAAUAAUGGCAGUUUGGGUUUAUCAGUAACAUUUGAAACAUGGCCAAAAGCACUUGGUCUAAGUAUGGGACAUGAGGAUGUUACCAAUCUAUUGCCAAUGGUACUUAUAUAUGUGCAGAAUAUUAUACGAACAUUACCAACCUCCGAUAUAAACAACAGAAAUUACGAGGCUGCUUUUCAUAAGUUCAGUAAUCGAAGCUAUGGCCGAAUAGCUCAAUCUAGCUUGCUUUUGAACGCUGAUUAUGAUUUCAUUGUACAAGGUAUCAGAAGAAAAAUGAUAUCCAAUUCAAAGCGGACAAAUAUGGACUGUCCUGAAGAAAGUCGGGAUGUACAACAAACAACUUUAAGAAUGAAAAUGUGAUAAUUACAAUUAGUCCUACUAUUAUCCAGAUAGAAAGAUUCAAGAUCAAAAUAUCCAGCUCUAUCAAUCAGUUACACUUGGACAAAGAUACCAAGGAGAAAAAAUCUUUCUUAAAAGUUAAAUUAACAUUUGCUUCUUCCACCUGUUUAUUCAUCCGACGUCCUACAAUACAUAUUGUUGCUUUUCUCUGAAAAAUUACUGCAUAAAACUGAAAUAACUUCGAUUCGUCGAAUUCGCUAUUUUCAUCAACUACCUACCUUCUUUUUUCUUUUUACUGAGUGGCAUAAUAUAUAUAUUUUUUAUCAUUUAGUGUGUAUAUUCUUGUUGAAUAGAACUGUAACUUAGUGACUUGUUUGUUCACUGUAAAAAGAUGUUAACGAUCCAAG